UGGCAGAAGAGGAAUGGUGUUUACGGGCGUUGAUUCAAAAACCAUCGUUACCAGACAUAUGGGUGGCAGACGAACUUACUUGUGGUAUAAUCAUAGCCUUAGUGAAACGUCAAUCAGUAUGAAAAGGCAGUAAUAUUGAGUUUAAAGGAAAUCCAUAAGAUUAGUGAACGGCAGAAUGCUACCUGGAAUCGGGAUAUUUAUCAGUGCUGGCACAGUCAUGAAAGUUUUGGUUCCAUAUUUACGAGCCAAAGGCUUCAAAGUGGAUUCUGUUUGGGCCCAGACUCAAGAGGCAGCUAAAGAUGCAGCAGAGGAACUUGAAAUUCCUUUUUUUACAAGCAAGGUUGAUGAUGUGCUAUUGAAAAGAGAAGUGGACUUGAUUAUUAUCAUGUGCCCACCAAUCCUUCAUGCCCAGAUUGCUGUUAAAGCUCUUGGAAUUGGCAAGCAUGUUCUUUGUGACAAACCUGGAGGACUAACACAAAGUGAAACACUGAAAAUGGUUCAUGCAGCCCAAUACUACCCAUCACUCAUCUCAGUAAUGGCCUAUAGCCUCAGAUUUUUGCCUUCAUUUCAGUACGUACGAAGUGUCAUUAAUGAUAAACUUAUUGGUGAAGUCAAUUAUUGUGACAUUCAUGUUCAGCUCGGAUCACUCGUCAACCAAAAAAAUUACGACUGGACAUGUGAAGAAGGAAUGGGAGGAGGUGUGUUGACUAUGAUCGGCUCGCACGUUAUCGACGUGGUGAGCGCAGUGAUCCGACAGCGUGCUAUACGUGUUCAUGGCGUAACUCGAAGAGGACUUGCAGUUAAAGGAGAAGUGAGCAUCCGCAGGAUUACGAGUGACCGUUUUGCUGCAUUUAACAUGGAAAUGAAUGGCGGUGCACUAGUUGCGGUCACGCUAAAUAGUCAAGAAGGCUUGCAAAACUUUGACAUUAGCUUCUCGGUGACUGGUUCACAAGGUUUCAUCACUUACCGCAGCGAUCCGUCUGGCGGAACUGUGACCGGUCAAAGUAGGGUGGUCCCUACGGCAGAAAUCUUCCAUACAGACACUGACGAAUUGUCAUUUCUUCCCUCUUCAAUCGUAAAUAAUGCGCCUAUUCAACCUCAUCAAAGGCCAUAUAUUAAUGGGCUUUUUCGCAUGGUUUCAGCACUUAGAGAUGCGUUUUCCCGCGUCGAAGAUCGCAGUGGGUGGGUCAAAGAAGCUGUUUCUUCGGCCGCUACAUUUGAAGACGGCCAAUACGUUAUGGCCGUCAUCGAGGCCGUUAAAAGAUCUGAAAAGAGGCGUGAAUGGUCGGAAGUUUCCAUUAUUUAUGAAGAACCUGAUCCUAAUCCGGUUUUGAGUGCCGCGGUCCGUAGGUCUACGAUAGCCGCUGUUUAAAACCAAUCACAGACUUCUGUUCAUUCCAAUAUUUUAACUUUCAAAGAUAAAAAGAUGUGAAAUUAUGAAACGAACAUGACCGUAGUUUGUUUUUAUGACAACUUACCGCUUGACCUGCUCAUGUUUACUCACAAAUGUUUACUGUACAGCAUACAAUUAAUUAUUGUAUU